AACAUCUUGGAUCUAGAGUAGAUUUCUUGAGAAUUUCAAAUCCAGCACCCUAAAGUAGGCUAGACUUGCAUGUUUUUGUGCAACAUCACAUAGACACUAGCAAGCCGUAGUACGGGACAGACACUCCCAUCGGCGUGAAAAAUUCAAGCGCAGAAGUUCACCGCCGAGGCGGCGACAGCGCGCGCUCAACCACGCGCCCUCACUCCGGUUGCAUCCCCACCCCACGCCGUCUCUGCCCUCCGCCGUCUCGAUGCCUCCACGCCUCCCCUCCCCCGCCCUCUCCGCCCACAUACGCACGCUCUCCUCCGCCACCCGGGCCGGUGUCCCCCACCUGCUCGACGGAGUGCCGCGCCCGGACCGCCUCGGGCGGCUCCCGCCCGAGCUCGCGGGCUUCGUCCGCUCGCGCGCCGCGGGGCACACGCCCAGCCAGUUCGCCUACGGGAACGCGCUCGCGGCCUGCGUCCCGGCCGCCACGGGCGCCGGGGCGGGCAGUGUCGCCUUCGCGGAGCAGCUCUACUGCGCCGCCUGGAAGGACGGGCUCGCGGGCGACGCCUACGUCUGCAGCGGCAUGGUCGACCUGCUCGCCAAGAGCGGCCGCCUCGGGGACGCGCUCAGGGCGUUCGCGGACGGCGACCGCGGGAGCGUGGUCUGCUGGAACGCGGUCAUCUCCGGGGCCACGCGCAACGGCGAGCACGGUCUCGCCGUCGAGACGUUCGGCGACAUGGCAUGGGGCUCCUGCGAGCCCAACUCCUUCACUUACUCCGGUGUCCUCAGUGCCUGUACGGCAGGUGCGGAGCUGUGCGUCGGGAAGGCAGUGCAUGGGCUGGUGCUUCGGCGUGACCCCGAGUACGAUGUGUUCAUUGGGACGGCGAUCGUCAACAUGUAUGCGAAGUCGGGUGAUAUGGUCGCUGCCAUGAGGGAGUUCUGGAGGAUGCCGGUCCGGAAUGUGGUAUCCUGGACCACCGCGAUCGCUGGUUUCGUGCAGCAGGAGGAGCCAGUAGGCGCUGUUCGGCUGCUCAGAGAUAUGGUCCGGAGUGGCGUGUCGAUCAACAAAUACACGGCUACUAGCAUCUUGCUCGCCUGCUCCCAGAUGCACAUGAUACGAGAGGCUAGCCAGAUCCAUGGAAUGAUCAUAAAGACAGAGCUGUACUUGGAUUACGUUGUCAAGGAGGCUUUGAUCUGCACAUAUGCUAAUAUUGGGGCUAUUGAGUUGUCCGAGAAGGUGUUUGAAGAAGUUGGCAGAGUAAGCAACAAAAGUAUCUGGUCGACUUUCAUAUCUGGGAUUAGUAGUCAUAACCUACCGAGAUCAAUUCAGCUGUUAACGAGGAUGUUUCGUCAGGGUCUAAGACCAAACGACAAAUGCUAUGCUUCUAUUUUCAGUUCUGUGGACUCAAUUGAGCUUGGCAGGCAGCUGCAUUCGCUGGUUAUAAAAGAUGGGUUUGUUCAUGGUGUCCUUGUGGGCAGUGCACUCUCCACCAUGUACUCUAGAUGUGGUGAAAUGGAAGAUAGCUGCAAGGUCUUUGAAGAAAUGCAGGAAUGGGAUGAAGUCUCAUGGACUGCAAUGAUUGCUGGUUUUGCAUCUCAUGGCCAUUCAGAUGAGGCAUUCCGACUGUUCAGGAAUAUGAUUCUUGAUAACCUUAAGCCUGACCAUGUGUCGUUAUCUGCCAUUCUUUCAGCUUGUAAUGGACCAGACUAUUUGCUCAAAGGGAAGGAAGUUCAUGGACACAUUCUUCGUGUCUAUGGAGAAACUACGUCUGUUAGCACUUGUUUGGUUUCCAUGUAUUGCAAAUGUCGAGAAGUACAAACAGCUAGAAGAAUUUUUGAUGCAACUCCAUGCAAAGAUCAGGUCAUGUUGUCUUCAAUGGUAUCUGGAUACUCUACAAAUGGUUGCACUGACGAGGCAAUCUCAUUAUUUCAGCUUAUGAUGGCAGCUGGUUUUCAGAUAGAUAGGUUCAUAUGCUCAUCUAUCCUUAGCCUAUGUGCUAACAUAGCAAGACCGCUCUAUGGAAAACUAUUACAUGGGUAUGCAAUUAAGGCAGGAAUACUGUCUGAUCUAUCAGUAAGCAGUUCACUUGUGAAGCUGUACUCCAAAAAUGGCAACCUGCAUGAUUCUCGUAAAGUUUUUGAUGAAAUAAAUUCCCCGGAUUUAGUUACUUGGACAGCUAUAAUUGAUGGAUAUGCUCAGCAUGGAAGCGGUCAGGAUUCUUUGGAGAUGUUUGAUUUGAUGAUUAGGCGUGGAGUGAAACCAGAUAAUGUUGUACUAGUGAGUAUUUUAUCUGCUUGCAGCCGUAACGGUUUAGUUGAAGAAGGCUUUAACUACUUUAAAUCUAUGAGAAACGUGUAUGGGCUUGAGCCUGUGUUACAUCACUACUGUUGUAUGGUUGAUUUACUUGGUCGAUCUGGGAGGCUUGCAGAGGCAAAAAGUUUUAUUGAGAGUAUGCCUAUGAAGCCUGACCUGAUGGUAUGGAGCACACUGCUUGCUGCUUGCAGAGUUCAUGAUGAUGCUGUACUUGGACGGUUUGUAGAAAAUAGGAUACGUGAAGAUAAUUAUGACCCAAGCUCUUUUGCAAUGCUGUCAAACAUUCUAGCAAACUCUGGAGACUGGGAGGAAGUAGCGAGAGUCAGAAAAUCAUUAAAGGGCAAAAAGAAAGAGCCUGGAUUGAGUAUGGUGUAAAGUGAAAUGGUCAAAGAGUUCUAUAAAUAAAACUGGAAUGCAGCACAGUACAUUGACUGAGAUGAAAUAAUGACAUCAUCUCGGGGAGUUCUGAGAAGAGCGCUAGUUGGUUACAUGUAAGCAAUGUGCAAUGGAUAUCAUUGGUAUAUUGGAUAUACUGUUGAGCCUUUUUACACUGUUCACCAGAUUUUGCAUUGGUAGUUGUUCUAAACCUGUUAGGCAUCUGAUUAGUGACAUUUGUUCCUGAUCAUGGGGAAGACUUGAUGCCUUUCUAAAUUUGCACCGACAAUACAACUGAGUCAGGCUCUUUGCUGAACUUAAUUCGUCAUUCACUUUAUGAUAUUUGACAUGUAGGGCACACUUAUAAUUCUCAGGGAAAGUAUAUGUAUUCAUAAUACUGAAGCACUCAAUACAUACAACCAAAUCUAUUUCUCUCUCUAUUAGCCUAUCUUUUGUACAGCUAUUGGACAUCUCUCGGAGAGGCAGGGGGACAAUUGAGAGAUUCACAUGGCACAUUGGAUAUCCAAUCAUCUGAAGAAUGUAACCCCAAAUCAAAGGGGAAUUUUAUUUUGGGUGGAACUCCAUACUCAUUGCCUG